AGCAGUUUUGAAUAUCAGAGCACAGCAGACAGCACAACAUAAUAUAGAACUCAGUCAACUUUCGAAAACCAACUACUCAUAAUCAAUAUGAAGACAAUCGUACUUUUUGCCGGUCUCCUCUGCGCUUUCUUCCUGUUCCAAGCGAUUAAUGCAGCGCCUGCUGGUGCAGAUGUUGGAGAAUUAGAAGAAGCGGAAUUACCCGGAUUGGAGGAGCAACAACUUUCGGAAUCGAUUCGUCAAAAACGCGCCACUUGCGAUCUACUGAGCGGUUUCGGCGUCAAACACAGCGCAUGUGCGGCCCAUUGUUUACUUCGUGGCAAACGUGGCGGUUACUGUAAUGGACGUGGUGUUUGCGAAUGCCGAAACUAAGCAUGAGUGACUUAAUAGAGGGGAUAAACGCUUCUUUAACUCUAGAAGAAUUCAUUAAUUUAAAAUAAGAAUUUGCAUUUUGAAAUAAAUAGGUUAUGAUGAAAAAUGAAAUAAAAACAUUUAAGUAUUAAAUAAACAAACUUUUUGAAGUUA